AUGGACCCAACCAAAGGCUCGAUCUUCAAGACCUACGAUAAGCCCAAGGGCUACUCGGCCUCAAACUCGUUUGCGACCUUCAUGAUCAUUGGCCCAACAUGUUUCUUCCUCGGGAUGCUCUUCUCCUCCUUCCCUUACGACUAUCCUCUCCUCUGGACCUCUGUUGAGACGCCAGCUGCGUACUACGACCAGCUAGAAACGCAUCUCAAGUUCUUGCACGCCUCACCUCCCAUCAUCCCGCGCAUACUACACAUUGCCGUCUCAGUCGGCUUCUGCGGCUUCUUCAUCAAGCUAUUCAAGCCAUCUGAGGCCAAUCUUCUUUUCGACGGCGCGUCGUUGGUUCUAUAUGUUGUGGGUGUCAUAGUGUACAUCACCAAUAUCGUCAAGGGCCUCAGAAUCGUGACGCUAGGUGUUUACGGCGUGCCUGAAGGCGAUACCGAGAUCGUAGUCGGCAGGGAAGACAGCUUGAGAGUUCUGGCUGCUAGUAAUACCAUCUUGGCACUCGUGCUCAUUGGUGUCCUUGUCCUGCAAGCUGGGCAAUGGUAUGCUGAGCGGAAGGACGCAGACGAGGCUGCCAAGUUCGAGAAGGAGCAAGAGGGGAAGAAGGAGGCGAAGAGCCAAAAGAGUGGAGGACAUGUGACGAGAUCGGCGUCCAAGAAGAAGCAAUGA